AUGGUAAUGUCAAACAUGACACUUGUGACUGAGUUCAGCUUGAGGGGAUUCACAGAGGACCCGCUGGCUCAGGUCACUCUCUUCCUGCUGUUCCUGCUCAUCUAUCUUGCCACCAUCCUGGGGAACCUUGGGAUGAUGGUGUUAAUCAGGGCCAGCCCUCAGCUCCACUCCCCCAUGUACUAUUUCUUGGGCAACCUGGCUUUCGUAGACCUCUGCUCUUCCACUGUCAUUGCCCCCAAGAUGCUGGUGGACUUCCUGUCAGAGGAGAAGGCCAUUUCUUACGCGGGGUGUGUGGCUCAGGUCUUUGUUUUUGACAUCUUUGGAAUGACUGAGUGUUUCCUGCUGGCCACCAUGGCCUAUGACCGGUACGUGGCCAUUUGCCACCCCCUGCUCUACCCCCUUGCCAUGUCCCCAAAGAGCUGUUUCCAGCUGGUGACUGGCUCCUAUCUCGUGGGCUUGACCAACGGCGUGGGACAGACCAUCAGCAUGGCCACUUUGUCCUUCUGUGGCUCCAGAGUCAUCGACCUCUUCUUCUGUGACAUUUCCCCUCUGAUCUCACUCUCCACCUCGGACACCACCCUCAGCCACCUGAUCUUGGCCACCUCAGCAUCUUUAUUUGGAGUGUCCAGCAGCCUGGUUAUCCUGGUCUCCUACGUGGCCAUCAUCUCCACCAUCCUGAGGAUCACCUCCCGCCAGGGCAAGCGCAAAGCCUUCUCCACCUGCACCUCCCACCUCACCACUGUCAGCAUCUUCUAUGGGACCUCCAUUUUCAUGUACCUAAAGCCCAGCUCAGGCAGCUCAAGAGAAGACAAAUGGGCUGCAGUGCUCUACACCGUGGUGACGCCCAUGCUCAACCCCUUGAUCUACAGCCUGAGGAAUGAGGGGGUGAAGGAGGCUUUGAGGAGACUCAUAAGAGGAAAAUGA